AUGCAACCAAUAAAUACAGAACGACAACAGGCAAAUGAUCGAUUACAACGACAGUUGCCUGUUAAUACAGUCAAAGCAACAACCAAACCUAUUUAUUAUAAACGUGUUAACCAAAUUUCACAAUCAGCGCCUAACCGUUUUGAUAAAUUAACAGGUGCAUAUCAACAACAAUGGCCAUUACGACGUUUGCAUACUGAUCUUGACGAUUUUGAUACGCAUCGUUCUCUUUCAUCUUGUCCUACGUAUUCAUCUUUAUCUAGAACUUCACCGGAGACUCGUGAGUGUGCAACACAAAUAACAACAUUAACACCAACUGAAACUAUUGAAGACAAUCAAGACAUAUCAACUGAUUCUCCAUUACCUAUUGAUACUAAUCAAGUAUUAGUUAUUGACGAAAAUCCUACUGAAGAACUUGAACUUAUGCCCAUAUCAAGUGGUUUUGGUUAUUAUCCCUAUAGUUAUCCAACAACAAGAAGAGUACAACUUGUACAACCACAAAUAGUAUCUCGUGCUCCUCAGACUUAUCGCGAUCAAUUCCGAGACAAAAACCAGAAUGGUUUCAACAAUAAUUCGGGAACAAAACCUACUGGUAAAUUACCACGACCUACCGCUGCUAAACAAUCAUCACCACGUUCCGAUACAUAUGCAUUAUCAACAAAACGAAAUGAAGUAAAUACUCGAGUAUCAAAAGAUGAUUUAGUACAAAAAAAUUCGCGACGUAUUGUACCAUCAAAAGAACGUUUCGUUAGAAAUCCUUCAACACCACCUGAAAAUAGACGUGUAGAACCUAUCCGUAGAAAUGAUGUCAUUCGACCUAUACAAAAAAAUCGUAAUUUACCCAAUGAUCGACAAGACUUUCCUCCCAAACCUUUACGCUUUGCUAAUAAACAAAACGGUGCUAAUCGCUCUUCUACUCCUCCUGCUUAUUACCAAAAAUCUUCUUCUUUAUCCCGAGAUGUAUCUCAAAAACCUCGACGUAUGCGUAUAGCAAACAAUGAAUAUGUCAUAGAGCGACGUAGACAACCAUCUGAUUAUGUUUAUGAUGAUUAUCGUACGGAGAGUCCAAUUGAAAGAAGAAGACCUCAACGAGUCGUACGUGUCCUGCGUGAUACACCUUAUCGAGAUUAUGAAGACGAUGAUGAUGCUUAUUAUGUUGAACCAGCGUCAACACGUCGACCAAGAGUAGUUCGAAGACCACCACCAAGAGAAUAUGUUUACGUUGAUGAAAGUCCAACACCAAGUCGUCAUCAUCGUUCAGGUCGUCGUGAAGUUAUUUAUGUUGAUGAUGAACGACCAAGUGAAUAUGAAGAUGAAUAUAUAUAUGUUGAUGAAAAUGGUAAUGAAAUUGAUUUCAUUGAUGAACGAAAUCCAUCAAAACAAUAUGUUGAAUAUAUUGAUGAUGAUGAUGAUGAUGAUAGAGAUAGACGACGUUCACGUAAAUCUAAAGUAAUCUAUGUUGAUGAUGAACCACCAAUUAAUCAACGACGAAAUAAAUCGAAAUCUAAACAACCAUCAUCAACAAGAAUUGUUUAUGAAUAA